CUAUCCAGCGCCAAUUAUCGUUGACAAAAAGCCCUUGAGCAACUGUCAAAGUCCUAGUUCAUCUGUGGUUGUUAGUUUGUGCUUCUAUCUUGCAACCUCCUCUUCCCUCCUCAACACAAACAAUGGUCGACAAAGUAUCCAAGAAGGAGCUGGAACAGCUGAAGCACGUCUACAUGAUCUACGACCUGUCGGGCGAGGGCCAGAUGGACGCAGCAAAUGCCGCUGACUCUAUGAGGGCGCUGGGCCUCAACCCUACCAUCGCCUUGGUCAACAGCCUAGGAGGCAGCAGCACACCUGGCGAGAAGAAGCUGCCGUUUGAAGACUUCGCCAACAUUUACUGGGGAUGCAAGAACGACAAGGAUUCAGGAGUAUACGAGGACUUCAUUGAGUGCUUGAAACUGUACGACAAGGCUGAGAACGGUCUAAUGCAGCUCGCUGAGCUUACUCACAUGCUAACUGGGCUAGGAGAGAAAUUGUCGAAUGACGAGCUGGACGAAUGUUACGAAGACUGCAUGGACGAGGAAAACGACGAGGGAGAGAUCCCAUAUAUCCCUUUUCUGGCAAGGAUGUGCGAGAAACCCGUGCCAAAAGAUAUCAAACCACAAUAAAUUACGAAUGGACUCGAGAUUUGGACAUGUAUUGUGGCAUAUUCGCUGUGGAAACAUAGAAAAUGUGCAUGCGUCACAUAUAUUUUGAUAUGGAUUCUGUGAAUUAUUCUUGUUAAUAAUUAAAAUAAUUGCUUAUUU